UGAUACAAUAUCUACCACAAGGUGGUGCAUCAAGUGCGAUACAAUAUCUACCACAAGGUGGUGCAUCAAGUGCGAUACAAUAUCUACCACAAGGUGGUGCAUCAAACAUGUCACUAUAUCCACAACAAGGUGGUGCAUCCAGUGCGAUACAAUAUCUACCACAAGGUGGUGCAUCAAACAUGUCACUAUAUCCACAACAAGGUGGUGCAUCCAGUGCGAUACAAUAUCUACCACAAGGUGGUGCAUCCAGUGCGAUACAAUAUCUACCACAAGGUGGUGCAUCAAACAUGUCACUAUAUCCACAACAAGGUGGUGCAUCAAGUGGGAUACAAUAUCCACAAGGUGGUGUAUCAAACAUGUCACCAUUUCCACAACAAGCACAAACUAUGCCAUUAUAUCCUUCACAAGGUGGUGCAUCAAACAUGUCACCAUUUCCACAACAAGGGUUACAAGGUGUGCCAUAUAUUCCACAACUUCCGCCUAUUUAUUCACAACAAGCCCAAUUAGCCCCACAAGUAUAUGGACAAUAUUUAGCACCAAAUAGCAUGCAAUAUGGACAACCCCCAAAUGGCUCGGGAUAUGGACAACCCCAACAUGGUUCGGCAAGUUGUGGAGGUUCACAUUCUCCUGCACCAAUUCGUGUAGUGGUUCAACGUGGUUCGGCAAGCUGUAAUGACCACGAUAGUUCGAGUAGUGAAUCAGAAGACGAGCAUGGUUGUGAUUCAAAAGUUGAUUUAAAUUCUGUUACCAUUCGUCAUGAACCACGUUGUGGUACUGUUGUUCGUCGUGAUAAUCAUUGUGCUCCUGUUCAUACUCAUCAUGGCCAUCAUAGUCAUCGAAGUCGUGGUUUUUGGGGUAGUCACAGUAGUCAUUGUUGAUAAGAAAUUGAUGAAGUUCUAGAAAAUACUAAAUAAGAUACAAAAAUUUAAGGACUGUCUAAUAUUGUAAUAUAGCAUUAAAAAAUACUUUUUCAAAAAGAAUAAC